AGCUGGAUUGAGCGGAGCCGGACUGAGCUGAAUUCAAGUCGGCCCUUCAUGAGGUAGCCUCGCCAGGGCUGGAAGAUGAGAAGCUCGGCAUGUACUGUAAGGAGCUGCGCUUGUGCGGCCUGGCACCGUGAGAACGCCUUCGUUGACGAACCAUGGGUGUGUUCGUCGUACGUGCUGUCCCAGCCAGAUGUCUGGCCCGAGGCUCCGUGCGAGGACUGGCGGCGCGCCAGAGGGGGCACGGCAAGGGCGGGGCGGUCGCUCGAGGCGGCCCCUCCCGAGUGCAGAAGGCAGGAGGGCAUCUGCGAGGGGCAGGGGGGCCUCCUGGAAGGCCGGCACCCUGGAGAGGACGCACAGAGACACACCAGCACAAUACGUUCUCCUUGCAGGCGCGCGUCCGGCCCUCCUGGACGGCGCCUGCGGACAACGUGGGUCAAACAGACAAGCAUGCCAGGAAGCUGACGUCAGACACACACACA